UGUCCUCUCUGUUCGAGCUCACUCUUCUUGCUCCAUUUCUCCUCUCGCUACUGUUUUUUCCUUUUCUUUCUGAGAUGGGAUGUGGAAAUUCCUCUCCAGCCAAACACGUGACUAACAACAACAGCAGCAGCAAGCGCAGCAGAGAUCCUGCUGAGUUUUCAUCAAAGCUAUCAGUUGAGUCAGUGCCAGAAGAUGACAAACGGAAGAACUAUGGAGGUGUGUACGUGGGGUUGCCUACAGACCUGAGCAGCAUACCCCAAGUCCAGAUUGGCUCACUCAGAGAGCCUCCGAUCGACUCGCUGUCCCUCAGGAAACCGCUGUGGGGGGACUGACUCUGGUUUUAAUGAAGGCAAGGUACGGAGGAGGAAUGACACAGCGAGAGGGAGUUUGUUGAGUGAGGAAAAAGAAACCCUGCAGGCGUUCAUCAGCUCCUCUGUGUUGUCAUCAAGAACCCACCGAGUCUCCACUGAGCAGCAGCAGCACCCAGCAGAGCCAAUUUCAUCUCUCAGCGUCCCCUCAGAGGGUUUGGAUGGAAUCAACUCCACCUGAUUCCGCUGACUGCGGCGACCCUGACAAACUGGUUAGAGAGUCCAGACAUAGAUUUGGACCUGGACAUUCAAAUCGGUCACAGUUUGCUGCUCAGGCGACGUAACGCUGCAGGCUUUUUAUUCCAGGCAGGUGCACCAGUGGGAGCUCAGUAUUUGGCCUCAUUGGAUUGAUUGGUAGCUGCCAGCUGUCCUUAUUACAUUUGUACAGUUUUUGUGAAUAUUAUGGCAUAGCUCCUCUUGUCAUUGAAAAGUGAAGUCAAUAGGCAUGCUUUAUAUGUUUUUGUAUUGUCAGCCGAUGGCCUCAAGAUUUUGAAUGAUUCACAUGAGAUUAAACUGCUCACAGAACACGAUCUGCAGCUUACAGCUCAGUCACAUUAGAG